AUUUCUGCUCUUUCUCAGAAAGCCAUCCAGCGGAAGCCUGGAUGGCUUUAAAAGAGGAUUAGACAAUUUCAGGGAGGAGAAGGCUUUAUGUGGAUGAUGGAAAUGUAGCUAAACCCAUAGUUAAACUAUAGAAUUCCCUCCCACAAGAGGCAGCUACGGCCACCAACUUGGAUGGCUUUCAAAGAGGAUUAGACACAUUCAGGGGGAAAAUGGACUGCCUUCACUUCGAUCCCGACUUAUGGCGACCCUAUGAACAGGGUUUUCAUGGUCAAUUGCGACUUAUGGCGACCCUAUGAAUCAGCAACCUCUGUUAUAAACCACCCUGUUCAGAUCUUAUGCUUUGAGAUGGCCCUGGACACCAAAGCAGGUUGUGGUUCCGUGAGUAAGAGUGAGGAGGAGAUUCCCUCGCAACUUAAGCCAGGAGCGCCACUUGGAAAAGCCAAAGAGAACCUUUCCAAGUGUCACGAGCAAGGAGAAACCUCUGUAGAUCUUGCAGGUAGCCACACAGAUCGGAGAAGGAACGUGUCCCAUGAGGGACUCUCGACAGACCACAGUGAAUCUGAAAAUGUGCAGACACCUAUAAGGUAUAGCAAACGCAGGCUGCACAACAAAAGUGGAGAUAGUGUUGAUCCGGUCUCCCAUCAUAUUAGACGUCAAAGAAUCUACAAGCCAGAGAAAAGCCACAAGUGCUUGCACUGUGGGGAAUACUUUGGCUGGAGACGGAAUCUUUUGGGAGAGAAAAUCCAGUCAAGGGAGACAUGCUCAAAUUGCGAGAAAAUGAUGAGCCAGAGCUUGCAGCUUACUGCACCCAGGAAAAACCAUAAAAGAGGGAAAGCACAUCAGUGCACCAUCUGCGAACAGAUCUUUACGGGGAGCUCAGAACUUGCUGUGCAUAAAAAAGUCCAUAAAACAGAAAAGUCAUACAAAUGCCUGGAAUGCGGGAAGUCCUUCCGUUCAAAGGCAAACAUGCUCAGGCACUAUCAGAUCCAUACCGGGGAGAAACCGCAUCAGUGCUUAGUUUGUGGAAACAGCUUUAGGCAGCAAGAGCAGCUUAUUGCACAUCAAAGAACCCACACAGGCGAGACGCCAUUUCACUGUUUAGUGUGUGGAAAAAACUUCAACCGGAAGUCGGUCUUCCUGACCCAUCAGAGAAUCCACACCGGUGAGAGGCCAUACAAAUGCUCCUUUUGUAGCAAAAGGUUUAUCCGCAGGGCAUAUCAUGCCAUACAUGAGAAAAUCCAUGCCCGUGAGAAGCGGUAUAAAUGCUCUGAGUGCGGGCAGAGUUUUAACUGGAAUUCAGAGCUUAUUGAACACUUGAGAACCCACACUGGAGGGAAGCCAUAUCAAUGCUUGGGCUGUGAGAAGCGCUUUGGUUGGCACUCAGACCUUAUCAGACAUCAGAGAAUCCACACGGGAGAACGGCCCUACAAAUGUUCCCAGUGCAGAAGAGGCUUCGUUCAGCGGGCUCAGCUUCUUCUACACGAAAGGACCCACACAGGAGAGAGGCCAUACAAAUGCUCGUACUGUGGGAAAAGCUUCAGCCGAAGUUCCGUCCUCAUCAGGCACCUCUUGCUGCACACAGGGGAGAAACCAUAUAACUGUUUGGACUGUGGAAAAAGCUUUUGUGAGCGGGCCCAGCUUGUUUCUCACGAGGUAACCCAUGCAAAGGAAAAACCAUAUAAGUGCACAGACUGCGGGAAAAGCUUCAGCUGGAAGUCGGCGUUUACUCGACAUCGGAGGAUCCACACAGGGGAAAAGCCCCACAAAUGCCCUGAUUGUGGGAAAAGCUUUAUUCGAACCGCCCAUCUUGCGACCCACCAAAAAAUCCAUGGAAGGGAGACAGAGGCUGAUGCUUUAAUCGGGAAUGAAAUUUUAACUGGAGACGACAGCUUAAUGUAGAACCAGAUAUCACUACAGGUAAGUGGAGAGUCUCCAUUCGGGCAAAUAGGGCUCUGCCCCGCCAGCCUCAGCCAGCCAGCUUCCACCUGCCUGCCUGUGUACUUCCAUCUCGUCCAAGGGGUGGCACAAUCUGUCAGCUUCCUCCUCUUCGGUCUCCUUUCGGAACUCGGAAGCGAGAAGGGUGGGGACAAAACCAGCGUUAGUUGGCUGCGCCUGUCAUUGGCUCUGGCUCCAACUGCGGUUUGGGCUUCCUGCCUCCCAGUGCCAAGAAGUGCCAGCCACCACUGAAUACAGGAGGGGAAACCAUCUCAAGGUUCAGCGCUUUGGGCCGGCGUAGCAGAGUGCACUGUGAAAGCGCUCCGUUUAAAUUGUUCCUCAGCCAUGAACUCACUAGCUGGCCUUGUGCAAGCCAUCGUUAUAAGAGCCUCAACUUCUCCAUCUGUAUUAUGGGGCAAAGAAGUGGGACCUGCAACCAAAUGUUGCAGGGUGGCGUUCUGCUGUUCCGGAUUCCAGACACUCCAUUCCAUUCACCCUCCCACCCAGUUUUCCAUAUCCCCCCUCCCCCCAAGGCCUCUCAGCAUUCUGUGCCCACUGAGCUUCCUCUGUGCACGUUGGGUUGGUAUGGGGUCCCUCCCCACAUUUGGAUUUAUUUUGUUUUGUACUUCUGGAACUCUUGGGACAUUGCAAACUGCCUUAUACUGAGUCAGACUGCUGGUGCAUCUAGCUCAGUAUUGUCCACACUGACUGGCAGUUACUCUAGGGUUUCAGGCAGGGAGUCUCUCCCAGCCCUACCUGGAGAUGGCAGGGAUUGAACCUGGGACCUUCUGCAUGCAAAGCAGAUGCUCUGCCACUGAGCUACGUCCCUUCCCCAUCCUUUCGCCCCAGCCUGCCGUAUGCCAUUUUGGCCGCAUGAGGAUCUGCCCAGGUAACCGAUAUCGCUGUGAGCUUAUAGGCUAACCGAUUCGGGUUGCAAUCCUGGCCAUACUUAUCAGGGAGCAAUCCCCAUGGGAUUCAGUGGGGCUCACUCCUGAGUAAUGUAGUUAUUGUGGUAUGAACCCACACUAGAGAUCGUGAUAGCAAUUUUGAAACAAGGCAAGUCACUCAGGUGCCAAGAAUUAAUAUAGCUGCAGUGUUUUAAGUGUCCGCUGUUUCUUUGCAAAGGAGGGAGAUAGGGAGAGGAUCAGAACAGCUUUUCUGCCAGCAGAGAAGCAACUGUGGCAGCAGGGAUUCUUCCUGAAUCAAAGUAAAGACACUUUUCAGUUAGGUGCUAAGUAUUUGUACAAUUGCAAUGUUUAGACAGGCAUCGUAUCUAUUCAAGGGAGGAGGAUGGGGAGAAAACCAAAACAACUUGGCCACACGCUGAUGACUUCUUAGCAGUCCCAACCAGUCCAGUGGUCACCAGCCGCCAAUGACAGAAGGCGAUAAAUAGUGAUCUACCUUAGAGGGCUGCUAUAAGGUUUAUGAGAUGUGCAUUUUGACGUUUUGUGAGGGUUUUUAAAAAACGCUAUUGCUGUGGGGAGAAAAACACUUCUUUUUAAGGUCCUUGAAACCUGCUUUCGGGAAGGUGGAUUAUCAUUUUAACCACUACUCCUUAUCAGCCCCUAAUGUGUGUGGUAAGAUUUUUCUUGCUAAUGAUUCAGAUAACCAGCUGCCCAAGUGGCCACCCGUACACUGGGGCGAGUUACAACUUGGUGGUCGCCCAUAUCCAUCUAAUAUUGGUGUGUGCUAAAUGUAGAGAAAUGCAGUAUUUUAGAGCUGAGGUGAGCAACCUUCCCAGCUCACGGCAUGCAUUUGGCCCCCAGCCUCAUAAGCAUAUAAGAAGAGCCUACUGGAUCAGGCCAGAGGCCCAUCUGAUCCAGCAUCCUGUUCUCACAGUAGCCAGCCAGAUGCCCCUGGGAAGCCCACAAACAGCAUUCUCCCCUCCUGCGGUUCCUAGCAACUGGUGUUCAGAAGCAUGCUGCCUCAGAUUUAAAAGAGCCCUCAGCUUCUCUACCCCAUGAUAUGGUUAGGGUUAACAAGGAUGGGGAACCUGUGACCCUCCAGAUAUUGUUGGACUCCAACUCCCAUCAGCCCCAGUCAGCAUGGCUAAUGGAUCAGAGAUGAUGGGAGUUACAGUCCACUGGCAUCUAGAGGGCCACUGUUCCCCAUCCCUGCCUUCAGCUGUUCUUUAGUCCAAACCAGGGCUGUCUUCUCCUAAGAGAGUGAGUGUCCUCCAUCUUCUGGGCAGAGCUUGGAAAAGUUACUUUUUUGAACUAUAACUCCCAUCAGCCCAAUCCAGUGGCCAUGCUGGCUGGGGCUGAUGGGAGUUGUAGUUCAAAAAAAGUAAAUUUUCCAAGCUCUGCUUCUGGACUAUGUGUUACAAGUCUGCAAGGCAGACUGCAAGCGAUGCUCUCAGUAUGAGCUCUGCAGGGAGGGGGAGAAUAAAGAGGAGGGGCAGAGAAGCCAUUUUGGACAGCCCAGGGAAGCAUGGCAUGGGAGGAACACCUCAGAACGAGCCAAAGGAACCGCGGUGUGAAGCUUCUGGCUCAGAAGAGAAGCCAGCAGCCCUUGUUGCAAUGGACGGGAAGAUUUAUGUAUGUUUCCCAAUAUUAAGUCUUAAUAAGUACUAGCAAAGACAAUAGUCCUCAACAUAAAAAUGUAUGUACUUUGUUUUUGCCUUCUGUUUCUUCGUGACUGUCUCUUCCUCUCUUAAGCUUAUCUCUACUUUGUUCAAUAAAACUA